AUGGCGGGUCACUACGAUGAUUCAGGUCAGCGCCAUUCCGACGUUCGCUAUCAGGAGGCAUAUAAUCCUUACGGCUCAGGGGAUCCAUAUUAUAAUGGCUCUCAAGCAGCUUUUGGGAAUAUGCCAGAGAAGAAAAAGACAGGCACUAGCCCAUGGGUCAAGUUUGGUAUCCCAGUUCUCAUUGCGGUUAUUAUCGCAGCAGUCGUUGGAGGUGUAGUCGGUUCGCGCAACAGCAAGUCGGAUAAUGCCGCCACGUCUGGCAACUCGGGCACGGGAUCGGGCGGGGGAAAGAACGGCAGCCCCGCAGCCGAGAGCUCUGCGGCCAGCGUCAAGAAUGCGAUUGGCAGAUUUGCUACCGCCACGGACAGCAUGAGCAAUCCUAUCUAUCCCUCUACGACAAACGCUGCCGCGUUUACGGCUCCCACAUUUGGCGCAUCGGGCAAUUCCGCCCUCUCUUGGCCAGUUGAUUCCUUCAAGCCCUCCAACCCUUCAGCAACUUCUGUCCGCCCCGAUCGUCCCCGCAUUGUCGCCCCUGCCUAUAAGUGGGAGGCGCUUCCUGCCCUUAUUAAGACCGACCCUUACCUCAAGGGCUGGAACGAGACUAUUUUUAGCAAUGCACAAACCUACUAUGAUCAGCCCGUCAAGGCCUACUUUAUGGAUGGUGGUAACGGUAUUCUCGAUAUUGCUCGUGAAAUCAAGGUGCGUGUAAAGGCCUGGUCCUAUGCCUAUCGGAUGAGCAAGGACACCAAAUGGGUAGACCGUACUUGGAGGGAACUCGAAAAUGCGGCCGGCAAUACUACUGCCGGGUUUGGUCCAGCCAGCGACCACUGGAACACAAUGCACUUCCUCGAUGUUGCCGAACUCACCAAUGCGUUCGGUAUUGGCUACGAUUGGAUGUAUGAUGCCUGGACUGCUGACCAGCGCAGCGCGAUCAUGUGGACGAUCAUCAAUGUCGGUCUCAGCGCGGGCGUUGCCUCGUAUAACGAUCCCACCUCUCAUGGCAAUUUCGGUUGGUGGCAAAACGGCAUCAAUGGCAACUGGAACUGCGUUUGUAACGGCGGUCUCACAGUCGGCGCUCUUGCCAUUCUUGGCGAUGAUCCGACAGGCACGGCCGAGACCAUGCUUGGCUUGACCAUCCCCAACGCCCAGCAAAAUUGUGCAUUUGGCCCUUCGUCCGACGGCACCUGGUCCGAAACACCCAACUACUGGUAUUUUGGAACCACCGGUCACGCUGAGAUGUCCUCCGCUCUUCUCACCGCUACUGGCAGCACAUACGAUCUUCCCGUCCCAGAUUACAAUCUCACCGCCUUGUAUCACAUGCAUGUUUAUGGCCCGGUUGCCAAGUUCGAUUAUGGCGAUACUGGCCCAAACAAGUUCAGUGCUACUGCCAACUCGAUGAUGUUCUACGGUUCAUACUUUAACGAGCCGCGCUACACUCUCUUCCAGCGUGACCGUGCUGAUGCGGCUGAGCCCUGGUCCAUGUUCUGGUAUGACCCCUCGGUCAGCGGUGCAUUCUGGGAUGGCAUGCCGCUCGACCACUACUUUGACAAUGGUCUCGAUCAGUGGGCAGCUAUGCGCACCAGCUGGACUGACAACAAUGCCCUGUAUGCUGCAAUCAAGUCGGGUAAUCACACUGGUCAUCAAACUCACGGUGAUCUUGAUGCCGGUACCUUUGUCCUCGAUGCUAUGGGCCAACGUUGGGCUGGUGAACUCGGUAACGGCGAUUAUCUUUCGACGGGCUAUUUCCAGAAUGAAAAGCAAGACAGUCAGCGCUGGCUUUACUACCGAAAGCGUACCGAGGGUCAAAACACUUUAGUUGUCAACAACGAUAACCAGAAUGUUAAUGCUCAACCUACCGUCCAGUAUGGUUCUACACUCGAUAAGCAAGGCUCGAGCACCGUCUACGAUGUUGGGAGCGGUUCGACUGCGUUCUUUACCACCGACUUGACCACCACUUAUAAUGGACAAAACAUCAAGCGUGGCAUGCGACUCAUCAAUGGACGUAAACAAGUGCUUCUUCAAGACGAUCUUUCUAAUGUGUCCCAAUCUGUUGAGUGGCGCAUGCAUACCAACGCCACUGUCACCAUCGAUAGUGCAGGAACCACUGCCACUCUCGAGCUUGGUGGCCAGAAGAUGGAAGUCAAGCUCCUUAACGCUGGGCAAGGUGUCGUGUUCAGCACCAAGGAGGCCGUUCGCGCAUCCACCGAUCCGGCAUUCCCUCCUGGACAAACCGACCAGCCCAACCCUGGUGUAACUGUGCUGUGCAUUACUCUUGCCACGGGCGGAACACAGAGUUUGCAAGUAUUGUUCAACCCACAAUGGUCUGGUAUGUCUGCAUCGGACUUCAAGACGCCCGCAAAUGUACCCUUGGACCAAUGGUCAGUGACAAGUCAUAACUGA